CGUUUGUGCAUGGUUGCGUGCUGAAGUGAAGUGGGCUAUAGGCUACCGUUAUCUUUUUUGAUCCGACUCUAUAAACGCUUGCCUACUUUUGUUGUGACUCGUUUGUUUUAUUCUUACAGCAAGUGAUUUGAUUAGGCUACUAUUUUAAUAAAAUAGAUUUAGGCUCAAUCAUUUGCUGAUUUUCUGCAUUUUUGGUAGUUCGCCUGCAGGUUGAUGAUCGUACAGCGCGCUCUGGUUGUCAAGUGUGAUUUUAGGCUAUAUACAUUCUUCCAAAAUUGUUUGGAGUUAAUUGUGGGCUUCAUUAUCAGAGGUGGUUUUCAGUCAAACUGGGAGGCAUUUCAUUGUGUGACUGUCUUAUUAAGUUAAAAUGGUAUUUCAGAUAUCGGGAUUUUUUUUAGACAUUUGAAGAUACAGACAUGGGUACUUGGAUGCAUUGUUGGACUUUAUGUUCUUGCUUUUUGGCUUCACACACUACUCACUCGUUCAUCGUGACUCAGUCACCAGGACUCACACACGUCUCAGUCGGUGGUUCUGUUGAAUUGAGAUGUAUAUUUGAGCAGACCGUUGAUCACUGCUUUAGCGCUGCUGUGUGGGAAAGGUUGAAUCUACGGACUGGAAAACUCAUGCCAGUGGAUACUAUCCAUCAGAACAGUGUUCGACAAAAUACAGAUAGAACUUGCGUUUUGACUCUUAAAAACUUAACCAAGAAAGAUUCAGGCAUGUAUUAUUGUAUUAGCCAUUAUAGCAAAAUGGUUAUGAUCGGCAAUGGGACCAGGGUGAUCGUAACAGAUCAGUCUGAAGCAGAGCUCUCCAUCUUCUUCUCAGCACAUGAGUCUGACAAACCAUCGGUAUCAGUGGAGUGUCUCGUGACUGGACGUGUCCCGUCUCAGGUGCGCGUGUUCUGGAUGAUUGGAGAGAAAGUGUAUUCUGGAUGGACCGAGUCUGCCUGGACAGACAACACUGAUUCAGCCACAGAAUUCACUCGAGCUCAUCUCUCCGUUUCUGCAGAGGAGUGGCACGAUGUCGAUGAAAUUCACUGCUUUGCUGAAUAUGAUGGAAAAAACAUCUCCACAACUCUGAUGCGAAGCGGACCCGAGCCUGAAAUCUUCUCCUUGCUCGUGUACGCCGGCUGUGUGGCAGCGCUCCUGACCAUACUUCUAACUCUUAUCAUGUCUGUGGGAUUAUAUCGCGAUAUGUUGUUGACAAAAAAGUCCAGACGGCUCACAAGACAAGAUGCCCACCGCAAACCUUCAUAUGGUAAACCGAACACACUGAGAGAAGAGGGUUCAUCUGUUCUGUGUUUCUCUGGGGAUCCCAUCAGUCAGAGACAGGAGGUUGUUCCAUCAAAACAGUAAAGGGUGGAGAAGGAAAUGUUGGAGUACGCUAAAGAAAUUACUAAAAUAAAUUACUAAAAUAAAUUACUAA